GGAACUGGCUGCUGCACUUCCUCUUCCUGUUCUCAUCAGGCCUAGGUCAUGAAAUCUUCUACAUCACCUGUCUGCCCUGCUUACAUUGGAACCUGGACCCGUUCCUGUGCCGACGUCUCGUCAACAUGUGGAUGUGGCCUGUCUCUGACACCACCAUGCCCAUAUAUCCCCAGGCUUUGGGGCGGGGCGGGGCAGGGGGACACUGGGGCCAGCCUGACCUGGCAUGGUUUGAGGCCACACAUGAGGACACAUCAGUGGAAAAAGACUGCUCGGAUCACCCCUUUAGAUGUUUAUUCUGACAGAAUCCAGCACAUUAUGACAAGAGACCCUAAAAACAUGUCAAAUGUGAUCCCAGAAGGAAUGUAUUUGACACUUGUAGAGACACAGACAGACAGAGACAGCCAUACACCCUCACUCCUGCCGAGUGUGUGAUGGGCAGUGUGUUUUUGUGGCCUUUGUGUCCCUGCCCCCGAGUACUUGGUGGGUGCCCUGUGUCUGAACCCCUUGUUUGGCCCCCUAGGGGAAGAGAUCCCAUUCUUCGGGCAUCCUGGCUGCACCAGGCCCCUGUGUGAACUCCUUUCAAACACACAUAAACGCCAACACACACACAUGUUCGCUCUCCCCACCUCGCCUGCUAAACACACUCAUUGCCCUCCCUCUAGUUAGACAUUACCAGCUUUACUCUGUGUUCUCCUCCCCCUAGUCUACCAGCAGAGUGUUUUAUUGGCCUCAUCAGCGCUCUGAGCUUUCUCUCCCUGGACCGACCAUUUGGUCUGUCAGCCCUCGGGGCACAUCACCCUGCACUUCGAACUUCUAACAGCACCCUGCCAUUGUGCUGGUGGAGUUAUCUAAGGUGGUUAUGUAUGUCGGUCAGGUAAUGAAAGAUGUGCUGAAACUGCCUCGCCCUCGCUCACCCCCUGUGGUUAAGCUGGAGACGCGUGUCGACGCAGAAUACGGGCUGCCCUCGACCCACGCCAUGGCCGCCAUCGCCAUCUCCUUCACCCUUUUACUAAGCGCCCCGUUGAGGAUACAGUUCCAGUUCGAGGUGGGUCUGCUGAUCGCAGUGACACUUUCGUCCUUGGUGUGUCUGAGCCGUCUCUACACUGGCAUGCACUCAGUUUUGGAUGUGAUCUGUGGCGCUUUAAUCUCAGCCGUCCUCAUAUUUCUCACCUAUCCUUACUGGGAAGCCAUCGACCAUUUUCAGCUCACCAGCCACCUCUCCCCUGUUGCGGCGUUGGUACUGCCCCUCCUCCUCAGCUACUCAUACCCAGAGCUGGACCAUUACAGCACCACAAGGGGAGAUACGACCACUAUUCUAGGAGCAGGGGCUGGAUGCUCUGUGGGAUACUGGGUGAAUGAGCAGCUUGGGCAGACUUUUGAGCCCCAAGGGACGUUACCUGUACCUCUACCCACACUAACAGCUAAUGGACUGGCAGCAGGCGCUGCCCGCUUCCUGUUAGGAGUUGUAGCAUUAGUGGCAACUCGACAGAUAGUGAAAACAGUGAGCCUGCAGGUAUUAUAUUCAUGGUACAGAGUGCCGAAAAGUGACAAGAGUGCCAGGAGGAGGAGAGAAAUCGAGGUGCCAUAUAAGUUUGCCACAUACACAGCUGUUGGACUUGUUAAUUCUAUAUUGGUCAAUAGAGUUUUCAUUCUACUGGGGCUGUUAUGACCUAUUAAUGUACGACUGAUGUGUAAUAAUCUGAGCUUACACUGCCAAACGUACCUCAUAUUUAUUUUAUUAUGUAUCAAAUGAUCUUUUUUUUUUUACGUGGUAACAAUUUCAGAUACAAGGAGUACUCACUGGGAAUGAUUCACAGCAGUGUGCUUGUGACUGACCUGUAACUGAGCUGAAAGCAAAUAAAACAUUUGCUCACAUAGCAAUAAAGUUUUAUGACUUAAUUCUCAGUUUGAUCAUUAUUUUGAAUUGUGUAGUCGAGGCCCGUAGCAUGUUCUCUCCCUGUAGUGUAGUGUACUUCAGAGCAUGUAUAUGCCAAAAAAUUUCCAUAACACGCUAGUCAGCAAAGUCUGAUCAAAACCAGUUUAACUGAAACUGAAUCUUUGUCCUCUAAGGCAUAUGACUUGGCAGGUUAGAACAGGCCAUCUGUUACACCAUAUUGGCCUGGUUACUGUAUGUUCAGUACUGACUGAGCAGGAAUGAAAGAGUUAAGCUCCCUUUGCUACAGUAUAGUUUGAAGGAAUGCCGGAGCACCUGUCAGACUUCAUUUACGAGACAGCUUGUUAUCUGCACAGCUCCCUUUCAUAUGGGAGUCUACUGGCUGCAACAAUCUCCCUCUGAAUUGACGGUAAAGCAUCAAAAGAUACAGCGGGUAUGUAGAAAUCUGUACUUGUUACC